AUGGAGAAGCUGCCCCUUAUGACCCAAAGUACCAUGAGCAGUUGGUGAGAAACAAUGGGCCUCGUCAUAGCUCAAGGAAUGUCGCUAGAAGGGAGAACAUGCAGAACAUCCAUAAUAUAGAUGGUUGUGACCUUGAGCAUUGGUUUGUUGUCAUGGAGCCGCCCCCUGGGGAUCUUGAUGAUCCUGAUGUCCCACGAGAGGAGAUCAUUGACUCUUACAUCAAGGUCCUCUCCAAGGUCGUUGGAAGCGAGGAAAAGGCAAGACAAAAGAUCUAUUCGGUGUCAACUCGUCAUUAUUUUGCUUUUGGUGCCCUGGUAUCUGAGGAGAUAUCCCACAAAAUCAAAGAAUUGCCAAACGUCAGAUGGGUUCUCCCUGAUUCAUACCUCGAUGUUGAUAACAAAGACUAUGGAGGGGAACCUUUUAUCAAUGGACAAGCUGUCCCUUAUGACCCAAAGUACCAUGAGCAGUGGUUGAGAAACAAUGCAUGUAACUCUGGAGGCUGGCACAAUGACGGGCUUCGUAGCUCAAGGAAAAUGGUGAGAAGAGAGGUCAUGCAAAACUUCCAGAACAAAGACGCAAUCCCUGGGCAGGGAUACAACUUGUAAGCCCUCAUGGGCAGAACCCAAUACCUCUUGGAUCCUGAUGCUCCUUUGAUGCACCAUGGUUAAGGAACACAAGCAGCUGCCUCUAAUGUGAAACUCCGGUGCUCCACCGGCGUUCUAGCACCCAUGCUCCUAGCUAUUAGCAGAUGAGAUUGGAGAGUGUAAUUCAUGAAGCCUAGGAUUUUUGUAUAUGCUAGUCUUGAUAGGUACAAUACAAUUGCCUAUGUGGCUAUCUCC